GUGUGUGUGUGUGAGCAGAAAGCACCGCGACCGACCGAGAGAAGGACGAACCGGAUAACAGCGACAACAAUAAUCAUAAUAAACAUCAUCGAGCCAACAAACAAACAAACUAGGAAGAGGAAAUAAAAACAUCUGCAUUCACACAGGGCAGAGGUCGACAGUUGUGUGCGGGAGGACGCGCAGAAAAUGGGACCGUGGUUCUCCUGAUAGAGCAGCAGCGACUGCUUUGAAGAUGCCUACGACCGAAUACCUGCGGCCUGUCAGAUGGACCUGCAGACAGCCAUCCAGGAGACUCAGUGUGCUCUUAAUCUGGUCCUCAACAACAAGUUCUCUGAAGCCCUGGACCUCCUCAAACCAUGGUGGAAGGACAGUAUGUACCAUGCGUUGGGAUACAGCAGCAUCCUGGUGAUGCAGGCCACGAUGACCUUCGAGCACAAAGACAUCCAGGCUGCCAUGGCAACCAUCAAGGAGGCGUUACACACCUGUCAGAGGUUCAGGAAGAGGAACUCAGUGGUCGGCUCUCUGUCCAGUCUGAUCAACAAGCAGUCCAACCUGCAGGAAGAGGAGAUGCACGCAGAGAUCUGCUACGCCGAGUGUCUGCUACAGAAAGCCACGCUGACGUUCGUACAGGACGAGAACAUGAUCAGUUUUAUCAAAGGAGGCAUCAAGAUUCGAACGAGCUACCAAAUCUACAAGGAUUGUCAGAAUGUGCUGAAUGACACUCAGGACCUGGCCGGCCAGUCUGAUGCAUUCAGACAGUUUGAGGGCGGAGUCAAGCUGGGCAUCGGAUCCUUCAACCUGAUGUUGUCUCUCCUUCCUCAGAGGAUUUUGAGGUUGUUAGAGUUCAUCGGAUUCUCAGGAAACAGGGGGUUUGGUCUGUCUCAGUUGAGAGAGGGAGCCUCCAGUCACAGCUUGCGGUCGAUCCUCUGCGCUCUGACGCUGCUCUUCUACAACACAUAUGUGUCACUGAUACUCGGAACUGGAGAGGGGAACCUGGUGGAAGCUGAAGCUCUGCUGGAGCCGUACCAGCACAAAUACCCCAAAGGCUCCAUCAUCCUCUUCUACUCCGCUCGUAUCGCCACGCUGCGAGGAAACUUCGAGAAGGCCCGGGCGAGAUACGAGGAGUGUAUCAGCAGCCAGCAGGAGUGGAAGCAGAUCCACCACCUGUGUUACUGGGAGCUGAUGUGGACUCACUCCUACCAGCAGGAGUGGCAGCAGGCGUACCACUACGCUGACCUGCUGUGCAAGGAGAGCCGCUGGUCCAAGGCGAUCUAUGUUUACCAAAAGGCGGCCAUCCUCAGUAUGAUGUCGGAGGAGGAAAUGAAAAAGACAGGGGAGAACAUCAUGGAGCUAUUUAAGCAGGUGGAGGGGCUGAAACAGCGUCUGGCGGGGAAGUCGAUCCCAACGGAAAAGUUUGCAGUGAGGAAGUCCCGACGCUACAAGGCCGCUAACCCCGUCCCGCUGGUCAUCCCCGCACUGGAGAUGAUGUACGUUUGGAACGGUUUCACCAUCGUCGGGAAGAGAGCCGACAGUACCGAGUCCCUGCUGGUUACCAUAGAGACGGCUGAGGAACAGCUUCGCAGCGACACCAACCCGACAGAGUUUCACCCUGACGACAGCUGCCUGGUCCAGAUGUUGAAGGGACUCUGUCUGAAACAUCUGGGUCGGUUACUGCAGGCGGAGCUCUGCUUCACACAGGUCCUCUCCAGUGAGAGCCGCAUCAGAUACGAUCACUACCUGAUUCCCUUCACACUGUAUGAGCUCGGCCUUCUGUAUAAACAACAGGGAGACUUCACCAAGGCCACCACGUACAUCGAAAAUGCCAAGACGAACUACAAGGACUACUCCAUGGAGUCCAGACUGCACUUCAGGAUCCAUGCAGCUCUCAACAGCCUCAAAGGAUCUCCUGUCAGCACCCCAUGAAACUGGAAAACAACCAUGUAUGAAACGUGAAUCCAGGGAUUCGUCAAUGAACCGCCCCUUAAUGAAGAACCUGAUGGGUGUCGGGCGUUUGAGAUCACGUCCACCAGGACUCUUUCUUUCUCAUUGCUAGCAACCAUAUAUUUUAUUUAACUUUUCCUUAUUUAUUUUUUCAAUCGUGUGGACGGAUGACACUAUUUAAGCAACAUAUUUCCUGUCAGCAGAUUAUAUUGGUCGAUGCGGAGCCGCAGCUCAAUGCCAAAUGUCAAUUUAAUCAACGUACCGAUUUCCGUUAACAACGGCUCCUUUAUAAUCAAUAAGGAGGCAAUAACGCAGGAGGGGUUUUAUUCUCAGGGCUCGUUCACUCAGACAAUUAAUGAAUUUAAAUGUCACUUUCUGAUAUAAAAGCACAAGGUCGGGGACGAGCGGGCGUAAACCGUACGUAGGUAAGCGUGGUUUUACCGGAAGGUGUCAGUUUAAGCCUGAAAAUUUCAAGUUCAUCAGAAGGUCUUAAAUUUAUUAGAAAACUAUUGACAUUGACAGCAUUUAGUCAUUUGGUACUUGGAUACUCGCUCAACCCAAAUAAAAAGGUAAUAAGGGGUAAAGGAGAGGAAACCAAUAAGUGACGAGAGGAAACCGAUCAGUAUUCUUAAUAAUCUUUGAUCGCUGUCGUCUGUCUGAACGAACCCUAAAAUCAAACUUAUGUCUCUCACAACCAAACAAAUCACAGCCUUAAACUAAAGUAUAAUUUUAUAUAAACGUUUGCUCACAAUAAUCUGUGUAUAUUUGUAGGAAGGUGACUGUAGGAACACACAGUAUUUAUGCUUUAUAUUCGCUUUACUUUGCCUUUUUAUUUGUUAUUUCUUAAUAAUGCAUCACAGCACAUGUGCACACACAAUCACAGCCUUCUCACCAACUGUGGCUUAUACACACACACACACACACACACACACACAAGCUUACACAUAUUGGGCAAUACGCACAUUAUAAACACACAAACGGCUAUAAACGCACACAUUUAGCAGCAAUAUAAAAGAGGUUGUGCUGUUAGUCCGUCAGUGUUUGUCCAACUGUAACAGACGUAGUUUCAGUGAUUCUCAGAGGCAGAAGAGAUUUAAAACAAUUAUAACAACAGUACGAAUCAAUAUUAUUGUAAUGUGAAAAUUCUACAUUGUGUUUUAAAAGAAGUUUAGUAUCUAGUUUCAAUUACUAACAACAGUCCGCCAAUAACUAAUAACAGUCUAAUAACAGUCCAAUAACAGUCUAAUAACAGUCUAAUAACAGCCCAAAAACAGUCCAAUAACAGUCUAAUAACAGUUCAAUAACAGUUCAAUAACAGUCCAAUAACAGUCUAAUAACAGUUCAAUAACAGUCCAAUAACAGUCUCAUAACAGUCUAAUAGAAGUCCAAUAACAGUCCAAUAACAGUCCAAUAACAGUCCAAUAACAGUCUAAUAACAGUCCAAUAAACAGUCUAACAGUCCAAUAACAGUCUAAUAACAGUCUAAUAACAGUCUGCCAUGUUUUGUUUGUUGUGGCUUUUGUCGUCACUGAUCAGCCACCGUAUUCAUUAUUAAUAAUAAUAAUUAAUAAAAACAUUAACAACAAAUACCCAGAAAAACUAAAUCAGCUUUUAGUAUUAAAAUGAGGACCCAAUAAACAAAACAUUGUAAUAUGUUUACUAUUAUUAUUUAAUUCAGGAGCCUCAAUGUACAUAAAAUAAAAUAUAACAUUUAACACAAAAUGGCUCCUCUUUGCUUCCCCAUAAUUCAAACCGUGGGCGAACUUUACUAAUUUAGGUUAAAUCAAACUACAAAUGUGUUUAAAUCAAAUAUAAUCAGCUCUGCCUCUGAGGACAACUUAAACUUGUUUACUUUAAUCCGUCAUUACUGAAAAGAUUCAUCUCAAUAGUCGUCGUCCUGUUUGACUGUUGCAGACGUGCAGCUUAUAAACCUUUUUCAUUUUUGCUAUAUUAAGUUGUAUUAUAUUAUAAACCGUAAGUGUAGACCAACGACGUCCAUGAAGAGCAGUUUCUGAUAUAUUUAUUUUAAAAAGCACAAUGUAUGAUCUCCAUAAGGACCUGUUGUCAUUGUCUGUAAUGCUUAUUAACACAAUAUUUACUGCGCGUUGAAGGAGAACGGUACACUAGCAGCGUCUUUGCUUCCAUUUUAAACAUCGGGACGAAGGAUACUUGAAUAAAUACGACGGUGGUAACAAUUAGCCUUCUCCCUAUAAUGAAUGUAUCAACCUAAAGACCAAAUUAUAUGUGUGUGUCUUUUUGUUCUUUGUGUGUAAUUUGUGCCUGUUUAAGAGUUUGGGUGUAAUUUUUUUCGUGUGUUUGUGUCUGAAACUCCUGAAUAACUUAAUUAGUGCAGUAAAUAUUCAGGAGUUCGAUGGUAAAGUCGAUAAUAGUUUUACACGAAAAGACCAGAGUCGUCUACGUAAAAGAGUUGUGGCAAUAAAUAUAGUGAUUCCUGCCAUAGGCCCGUACAAUAGUACGAUCAACUGCUAUUGCUAGGAAACUGCCACAGGAGUUUUUGGCUAAUAAUGCUAGUUUUUGCUUCCAUAAGAACAAAAAUUAACUCAAUUGACCCUUCCUAAGCCCCGUGCUCCAAUGACAGUUGAGCAAGCCUCGGACAACUUCCUCCUUUUCUGUACUUAUAUGCUAAGCUAGGAUCAUCUGUGUUCACAAUCUAGAUAAAGUAUAUAGUGUAUAGUAAUAAUUCUUUUAUAUCAAUCAUUAUCCAGUUUAGCUAGCAUUUUGCUAUCAGGUGUAACCAGCUAGCUAACAGUUGAUGUAGAUUAGCUAGUUCUGCUAACAUACGCUAACGUAAAGCUGCAGUAGUUACUGUUUAUAAAAAGUAAAAGAACAUUUUGGAUGGUUAAAAGAUAAUAUUAACAUAUAGUCAUAUCUUAGCUUAGCUAAGGUUAAUGUAAGCUAUUGCUAAACACUAUCUAAUUGUUAGCUCGCUAACAAUUGAUGGCUAGUUAACUAGCUGAUCUACAUUAAUCGUUAGCUAACUGGUAAAUAUAGAUCUGAUAGCUAACAAAACGCUAGCUAUGCUAGAUAACGACUGAUGUACAUUAGCUCACUUUCAGCUAACGUAAGAUGUGACUAUCGCUUUUUUCUUUUAACCAUCUUUAAACUGAGGUUGUCUUUUCCAUAUAGAUUAGCCUAGCACAUAGCAUAUCCAACAGGAAAGGAGAAAGUUGACUGAGGCUAGCUGUUAUUAGAGCAGUUUGCUGUUAGCUUAUGCUACAGUGUUAGCAUGUUGCCUGUUACCAUAAUAUUCUAAUAUAUUGUGCCUAAUACCAUAUAAUAGUUUUAGCAUUAUCACCUGACACAGUGUAUGCUCAUGUGUGCAUAAUACGUUGUUCCUCUCACGUAUUAUUAUUAUUAUUAUUACACUCCAGUCACAGAGUAAAGCAUCUGUUUCUCUGAAGGUCAAAUCUCUUGAAUCUUUUAACAUCACUAAAAGUUUUGAAGGUAUUUCCAGAAUCUUAAAUGCGUCCGUCUGAAUAACAAAUAUUCUCUUUACUGCACAAUAAAAACUAAUUUUAACCCGUUUUCUUAUACAAACAUCAAAAAAGAUGGCAGCUGGAAAUUGUUGCCAUAUUUUCACAACACAAUAAAAGUAUAAACACAUUAUUGUGUAUGAAAAUGUGAAAUAAGGAAUAUAAUGUUAACAGAAACAAAUAUAACUGAUAAUACAACAUUAACAUUUCUCGUUCACAGCGUACUAAUUGGAUAUAGGUAUAGAGAUUGUUUGGGUUAAGACGCAGAGUCAAUGUAUGAAACGUGUUAAAUAUCUUUCUUUAUUCUGCGGUGGAUUGAAUAUUAUCUUUUUAUCCAGAUAGACAGUAUGUUGUUAAAUGAUCAGCAGGAAACUAGCACGCAGGUUUCCACAUUAAAGUUUAUUAUCAAUGUCACUAUAAAGAAUAAAAGUUAUGGAUGUUUUAUGUGUAAGAUGAAUGACAUUAGCUAAUGUCAGCUAAUGUUAACAAAACACUAACUAACUAGCUAAUCUAGAUUAGUAAUUACCUAAUAAUCUACAUCAAUAAUUAGAUAAUAAUACAAAGGAUUUGCAACCUUUAACUGUCACAACCUUUCUUUAUAGAAGGCUUUGAUUGUGUUUCAUGUCAGUGCCUCUGUGUGUGUGUAACUGUCUUAAAAAGGGUUUUCUAUAGGAUCUGCUUUGCAUGUUAUUCUUCAUUAUGUUUAAUCUUUUUGUUUUUUAUAAAAUAUAUGAGAAUAAUAUGAGACAUGACUGUAUGUAUGCUUUACGACAGGAGGCAAUGUGACCCAAUAUUACAGGCUUCACGGUUACAGAUGGUAACAAGGUGCAAUAAAAUGGAAA